UUUAAAUACUCAAAGAUAUAUUAUGGUUUUUAUGUUUAUAUAAGUCAAAUCGAAUGUUUAAGUAUAAUGUUGACUGUAAUAGAAAGAGAUGUUAUAAAGAAACCGAAAUUGGGUGGCUGGAGAAACACAAUUACAGGAGUUGAAUAUUUAAAUGCAGAUUCGCAAACUGGGCCACCGCCCAAACGAAUACCAUUGGAACAAACAUGUAGUCGAGAAGUACAGACCAUUAUCACGACGGAUCAAAAUAACCAGUCGACUUACGAACAAGCCACGCAAAUGUGGCGGCGAGACUGUUACAUUCCGAGUAUUUCGGAUAAAUAUCUAACCGUCAAGCCUUAUAUGACCUACGAUGAAUUACAAAGCGAAAAGAAACUUCUUCUGGAUGUCCAUAGCAAAGCGUGUAUCAUUCAAAAGUGUUAUAGAGCUUAUAGAAUCUUAAAGUUUAUAAAGGCAUGUGCUAGGCUCUACAGAAAACUGCGCAUGGAAUGUGAAGAACUGAGCAAAGAAAAGUUUUUGGAGAUCAGAGAUCGAUAUCUGGCGGACUGCCAAGCCCUCAAUAAACCGCGCAACCUCUUGGACCUCGACGCGCUCAUCCACCAUAUGGAGAAAUCCGAGCUCGGUGACCAGCAGCUCGACCCGAUCACCCUCUUGAAGUCGAGGCGUCGUAUCUUCCUCGUGGCUAACGAGAAGUUGCGUCGAGAGCAGGAGCUACGAUCGCAAUCUACGAAGGCGCGCUUUCUUGCACGCGACUGCCAACCGAAGCGAUGGCUGGACCGCAAAAACAAGUCCAUUGAAAUGCUGACCUUGAAGAACCAGAUCGCACGAGAGUUUAUGGAUAUGUAUAAUCAGCUGGGUGAAACUGAUGAGAAUUGCAGGGUGAAGAUUCUGCUUAAGGCUAGAUAUGCAGUAGAACAUCAUGACUGUAAAGAUGCCAACACGUUUCGAGAAUUACUCGAUCAAGAAAUUAUUAUGCUUUCUAAAGAUGUCGAACAAACUAAAUUUAAUUACUUAAAGAAACGAAUACUUGGAGCGUUCUUGCAAUUUGUAAAAACAUCCCAUAAUUGUACCUGCACGAGCGUAAAGGGAACUGAAAGCAUUAGCUUAUACGAUUAUGAAUUUCGUGAACCAUUAGAGAAGAAAUAUAUUUUCUGUAUAAGCUGCAGAAGACUUCUUCCAUGCAGUAAAUUUCUUAUAACGAAUAAAAAGAAGCAAAUAAAAAAGUGCAAAGGUUGCAUUCGCCUGUUGCGCAACGUACGCAGCCACGUCGAUUUGAGGCCAUACGAGAAGUUACUGUCGGAGGUCCGCGAGGCAGAGGGUCCGGGCAGCCUCGCGGGCGUCCUCUCCGUGCUCGACGUCUACCACCUUGUAUUCCGUAUCUGGCACGGGCACUCGAUCUUAAGCGAGGUCUCGGAUAUGCGCGAGCUGAGCCUGCCGCGGUACGACUCCGAGGCGCCCUGGAGUCCCUGGAACUGCAUCCUCCUGACGCGCGAGGAGGCCGACGCUCACCGAUGCAUUCGUAGUGGGAAAAGCAUCUACUCCAUCCACCUACGCCGCAAGGUCCGAUCGGCUCACCGUACCGCCAACAUAGACUUCAGGGUCCAUCUAUUAAAUAUGGUCUUUGUAGUAGAGAUCGAGGAUCGCACUUCGCCGAAACCGUUUCUUGGUGGCUGGCGGGAUACCAAGUGCAAUAUCGAAUAUCACGAUGCAGCUUCCCAAACAUCUUUCAUCUAUCGGACUCAACCCCAACGCGAGAUGGUCUCGGUCUCGGUACAGAUGACCGGACCCGCACGAUGUUCGCGUUCGAUUGGCACCGGCGGGAUCGAGCGAGCAGUCCAAGCCAAUGGCAUCUGCUUCCCCGAGUUGGGCGAGAGUUUUAUCAUCGCUCGGAGCUCGAUGGAGCUACAGCGGCGCCAAGAAGCUGCCAUUAAGAUACAAAGAUUUUACAGAGCGCAUCGUAGUCUCCAGUUCACCCACGACAAGGACAACAACAUAUGUUCGCUCAAAAAAUUUGGCGAUAUUUCCGUAACUGGUAGUAAUGGCGAUUUUGAAGAGGAUCGAUCAAUAUCUGUUAGCACACUACAGAGUUACAACUGCAGUACGUCUAUUUUAGACAAUGGGUUCCAGUUACUACAACUUCCUAAUGUUCACGUGCGUAAUCCCAAGGAUUUGGCACCACUGCAGCAUUUACUGGACUGUUGGGGCGUCGCCGAGGAGGCGAGAAUCCAGCGGAAGAUCGAGAUCCUGAGAGCUAUCGAAAGCUCUAGGAGCAAAAUUUCGCAGAAGAAAGACGUGAGAGCCAUGGGCAAGUUUCUCAAGGACUUAUCAAAGCCGAUAGAUCUUGAAGUGUCCUGUGCUCCGGAGGAACGCGAGAAAAAGCGUGUGAAAAUCAAGACGUUGAACGUGCAACGCGCCCGCGAGCUCCGCGACGUUUACGAGGGUCUGAUGAUCGACGAGGACAGCGGCAACGAGGCGUCAGGUGGUGGCCACGAGCGCAUCGAGCAUCUCUUGCGUAUGAAAAAAAUUGUUUCGCAGCACACUUGUCGCGCCUCCUCGAGCCUCGAGAACCUAAUCGAUCAGGAGCUGUUCCUCUUAUCCUCGAGGGUCGACUCGUCGCGCCUGAAGCACCUGAGGAGCCGCGUGAGAUUAGGCUUCCUGGCGCUGGCUCGCGACUCCCUACGCCAUGAUAAUCGUAUGAAGCCGAGGCACUCGAUGUGGAUGAGGCUUUGCUCGGCAUGCUGCAAGUUAAGGAGCUUCGAGGACUUUGAGGUCGAUCAUCGAGGGAGACUUUCGAGAACGUGCAUCGAUUGCACCGCAUUGAGGACGAGGGGCAACGAUUCCAAAGUCUAUUCGAAUAUCUACGAGAAGAUGCUGGAGGAGCUGAGGAGCAGCGAGGCUUCGAGAGUCGACGACGGAUCGGGCAGCCUCGCCUUCGCCGUGGGCAUCGACGUCAUACAUUACUUGAUGACAAGCGUCUGGCACGGCAGGUCCGUCAUCUCCGAGUGCAACGACCUCGGCCGGCUCUGCCUGGCGCGUCUCGAGCCCGUGAUGCCCUGGUCGCCCUGGAAUACGCUUCUCGUAACGAAACGCGAGGCUCGCAUUCACGAGACCUUGAUGUCCGGCUCAACGCUAGAUGCCGUGUACCAUGUCGAGCUCCUGCGGAAGUUACGUCGAAUGAAUUUGCAGGCCUGGCUGUACUUCGAAUCUCUGGCCAAAAUCGGGAAACUGGGUUUAUUAUCCCGAGAUUUCGCAGGGCCGAGCAACUAA